CCGGGAUGUUAGAUAAAAAAUAUGCUCCUGUUUUGUCCAACAUGUGCCAACAUUUUGGUUAUUGAAGAAGGUCCAACGUCUUUUCGGUUUGCCUGCAAUACCUGCCCGUAUAUUUACGAUAUCAAAGACAGAGUCGCUCGAAGAACUUAUCCUAAACUGAAAGAAGUAGAUGAUGUAUUAGGAGGAAAAGCGGCGUGGGAGAACGUCGACUCUACAAUUGAGCCGUGUCCUAAAUGCCAGCAUCCGAGAGCAUAUUUCAUGCAAGUUCAGACUCGUUCAGCAGAUGAACCGAUGACGACAUUCUACAAAUGCUGCAGUGAUCAGUGUGGACAUAGAUGGAAAGAAUAGAUAGUAUGGUCACAUACAUUUUGAUAUUGUAGUGGUGGCUGCCUACUGCGGUCAUGUUUAAUGUAUUUAUGCCAUAAAUGCAAACGCUGAGUCUGGGUUCUAGUAUGAUUGAAUUAAUUGAAUUAUUAUGUCAUUUUCUACCUAC